GCGAUCGUUCUCUCCCUCCAGUCACAUCAGAUGGGGCUUUUUAUUAUUUGUGAAAUGAAAAGCGAAAUUAAACCUGAGGAAAAGCGGAGAGCACGGGCAGGAUUGAUUUACUCGCUGUAUUGGUAAAUAUGACCACGUGAUCCAUGUAACCAAUCCCUGUAGAUGCAGGCCAGCAAAAAUACUAUGAUUGUUCAUAGAGGGACGCUUCCCGUAACAGUGCAAGGCUUAUUAUAUGACUAGGAAGAGAUCAAAAAAUGUCUUCCAGUGGCACGCUCAGUAACUGCUAUGUGGACGCGCUCAUGGGCCAGGAGCCGGAGGAUGUGUACGGGGCUCGCUUUAUUCAGGCUCCACACUCCAUGACCCCGAGGCCGUCAGGUGCUGCCGGGGACAACGCAGACUUCUCCUCGUGUAAUUUUGCGCCAAAGUCCGCGGUCUUCUCCUCGUCCUGGUCCUCGGUCCAUCCUCAGGGGAUUUAUCAUCCGUACGUCCACCACCACCACCACCACCACCACCAGCCUCAUCUGCCCGCCUCGGACGGCAGAUAUGUCGGCGUCCGGUCCUGGAUGGAGCCCAUCUCCAACCACGUUUCGUUCGCCGGAUUCCACUCCAACAACGGCCGGUCGUCCUCGUACGGGACGAAUAAGCAGCCGGAGGCGGUGGCGGCGGCGGCGGCGGCGGCCAAAGCCGCCGCGGAGGGCGACGACGCGCCGGACGCGGAGCCGCGGCCGCUUUCCGGGGGCUUCGCGUGCGGAGGACCGGAGAGUCCGGAGAAGGCGAACAAGGAGCUGAGUGGGAGCGAGCUCUCCAGCCACAGCGAGUCCAAAGAGGAGAAACAACAACAACUUGACCCAAACAACCCUGCAGCGAACUGGAUCCACGCACGCUCAACGAGAAAGAAGCGAUGCCCUUACACAAAAUAUCAGACUUUAGAGCUGGAGAAGGAGUUCCUCUACAACAUGUAUCUGACCAGAGACCGGCGGUAUGAGGUGGCCCGCAUUCUCAGCUUAACGGAGAGACAAGUGAAGAUCUGGUUCCAGAACAGGAGGAUGAAGAUGAAGAAGAUGAACCGGGAGAGGAGCACCAAGGACCAGCUAUAAAGCCACUGCUGCUUCUACACAUUUUUGACGUUUUAUUAAAAAAACAAAAAAAACAUAAUGAAAAAGAAAAAUCCAGGAAGCCAUCUGAACUAUUUGAUUUUGGUAGGAGCCACCAUAGCCAUUUGAUUUUUUAAUUGUCUUCUUCCAUUGCGUGUCAGUGUCGUAAAAUAUUGGCUCUAAAUGCGUAUACAGGAAUUUCUGGAUGAGACACAGACGGAUGAGUCCAAUAAUGUUCUGAGUCGUCUUAAAAUAGUUUUUUUUUUUUUUCACAAUUCCACACGAACUGUUGAUGCAGCA